AUGCCAGAGCCCCUAGAUGUCCAAAGUGAUAUCGCCGCGUUACAGACAGUAGAAGAUGGUCGCCCGAGCGUGUCCAUUGCGCCAGUGGCGGCUCUUGAGGAAUUGUCGGCAGUCCUGAUUGCUCUGGGGCUUCAAGGCCUCGAUUCGGUAGGCACACUGGUUCACAGCCUCCACCCGCAAUAUGCUACUCACCAGCUGACCCCCGUCUUUGCGGCAAAACUAAAGGUGCUGGUGGAGGCGUUUGAUAAAGACUCUGUGAACCAAGAGUUAGAAAAGAAGGACAUCAUUAGAAUAGCCGAUCUGCUUGCCAAGUAUAAUUAUUUAGUCACUGAAAGCUGGAAUGGUGGAGAAUUUGCAGGCAUCUAUGCCGCCCUUAUGCCUAUCCUUCCACCUCUUACAGCCACUUCCGUCAUCAUGCAUGCAAACAAGAAGGAGGACACACAGUGCGCUUAUUAUAAUUGUCCCUCCCUCUGGGCGCUUUUUCUGCUUCUAGAAGAUAGCGAGGAACCCGGAAGAAAGACAAGUGGGAUCCCACCAAAAGAGCUCUUCUCAUGCUUUACAUUGUUCCACGCCCACUCACGGUGUUCUGUGGCACAUGCUGUCAUAGCCACUUUUCGCUUCUUGCUGAUCUAUGCAGAGAUUCCCGGAAUUAAAAUCAUAUUGCCAGCAGACCCCACAAAACGGUCCAAUCGAGCCAUAGACGUGAUGAAGAACAAAUGCGCGCUAAUGUAUGCAUAUAUACUCAACACAGUCGACAGAUCUGCCCUCAAAAGCGCCUCAAAGAAUGCCAGUGGCGACAUGCCUGAUUCGCUGGCGGAGUACAUUGAAGUCCUGAUGUGCCAGCUUCGAGCACGGUAUAAGCAGCUAUUCUCCAUUUCUCUUUUAAAGGACCACAAACCUAUCCGUCCUGCUAGACCCGUUACGAGAAACAACCGAGGCGGAAGUCGUUUCAACAAGAAUAAGGAUGCCCUUGGGAAUAGACCCCAAUACAAUCAAUCGGAUGCUUGA